AGCAUUCAAAGAAAACAGUCGAACAUACAACAUAUAAACAAUUUUAAAAAGUGAUAAUUUUCUGUGUUAAUUUAAGUGUUUAUUAGUGCAAACAAACAUGAUUUACCCCGAGUUGGAUUCUCUCAGAAGAGUUAGUGAAACGUUUGAAAAGAUGCCCAAGGAUUUCAAAACCAAAAAUCAGCUAUUCAUGAAAGGACCUAUUGCGAAAAAAGUCCUAAAUGGCUUAAACCCAGAGGGUCAAAAAUUCUUGGGAUAUGAGGUCAAUAGUAGGAGAAUGUGGUUUAUAACCGGCCUUUUACUUUUAUUCUGCUCGAGCUUUAUUGGAACUAUCAUAAUGUUUUUUACAAAUAUUUUUGACAACGCUAUAUAUAAUAAUCUGAUUAUAGCAAAUAACACAGACACAUUUUCUUUAUGGGAAAAACCACCCGUGCCCGCCAUAAUUAAAUUGUACAUUUUCAAUUACACAAAUGUCGAUGAUUACGAGAACAGAUUUGUGGAUAAAUUAAAUGUAGAAGAAGUUGGUCCAUAUGUAUACGAGGAGAUUUUAGAAAGAGUUAACGUACAAUUCCAUGAUAAUGAUACUGUUUCUUAUCAAGAAAAACGAAGCUACAAAUUUAGACCUGAGUUAUCCUUAGGAAGAAAACAAAGCGAUCAACUGGUGGUCCCAAAUGUUCCCCUUAUUGGAGCUGCGAAUCACCAGAAAGAGUCAAACUUUUUAGCUAGAGUGGGUCUAUCAAUGGUACUUGGUGGAUUAAGGCAAAAACCUUUCUUGAAAUUGGCAGCUCAGAAGUUUAUUUUUGGAUACGAAAGUGAUUUAUACAGCAUUUCAAAAAGCGUUUUGAAGUUUCAAAACGAGAAAGUCUCAGACGAAUUUGGGCUUCUAUCACAAAAAGUUGGUCUUUCUCAAGACGUCAUCACGAUCAACACCGGUGCCAAAGAUUUUAACAAAAUCGGCGUCAUAGAAAAAAUUAACGACGACACGGAUUUGCACCACUGGUCCACAGAUGAAUGUAACAGCUACAAAGGCACAGAUGGCACCACUUUUCCACCGAAAAUAAUCAAAGACAAAAGACAAGUCAACUUUUUCAUCAAGCAGUUUUGCAGAGCUAUCCCUAUGAAUUACGAAAAGGAAGUCACAAUUCUGAAUGGAAAAAUUCCAGCCUACAAAUACACCAUUCCAAGUGAGGUUUUUGAAACCAGCGAUGUGGUUCCUGAAAAUCAAUGUUUCUGCGAUAUGAAGACCUCAGAGUGCCCCAAAAAAGGAGUCAUGAAUACCUCGCCCUGUGCUUUUGGUGUCCCCUUGUACGUUUCCUUGCCUCAUUUGAAAGGAGCCGAUAAAAGUUUAAGAAAUGGUGUCACCGGCUUAAAUCCUAACCCAACAGACACCGAAAGUUAUGUCUAUGUUCACCCAACCAUGGGCUUCUUGAUGUCUGGAGCCAGCCGUUUCCAAGGAAAUCUUCUCAUGACCAAGUCCUAUGGGGUUUCACAGUUGGAUAUUUUCCAGGAGGACGAAAUUAUGUUACCGAUAUCUUGGAUGGAAAUGGGUGUUGAUAGCAAGGAUCUUCCCGAUGACGUCAUCAGUUUGAUUUACACGACAACUUUCACUAUCAAGGGAGUUCAAUUGGGCUUUAAAUAUGGCUGCCUUUUGACAGCCAUUGUGACAGCUGUCUGUAUAAUUAUUGUUCUCAAGAGUAAAUAUCAAAUGAGGCCGAGGACUAGCAGUAUUAGGCCUCUACAAAGAAGAGAAACGUGUUAGGGAAAAUAAUUCAUUAUUAUUGAAUAGUAAUAAUAAUAGCCAAAUUGAUAAAAUAUAAUAUGCCGUCCAAAAUACUUACGACUUAAGUGGUUUCUAGAUGAAUCGUACUUGUUAGAUGUUUAAGCCAAUUGAACGAUUGUUUUUUGUUUAUUAGGUUGGAACCCUCAUAAAAAACUUUUGUUUUUACAAAAAAAUUGUUCAGUUAGCAAAAAUCGCUCUCUAUUAGUAAGACUGAUUAUUUUAAGGGUUUUAGUGUAUAGGUAGAGAUAGAUUCUAAUAUUUUUGUUAAUUUUUUAUGUUGUUUGUUUUAAAAACAAUAAAUUAUUUAAAAAGAUAAUAUUUUUUUUCUACUCCCACCUUUAAAACGCCCUUUAUCGUACAUGUUUCCAUGACACUAAGUGACCUUUUAAAUAGGUACAUAUUGACAAGUUGUGGCUUUAUGGCGCUUUAGUCACGGGCUGAAGUUAGCAACAGGUUUUUAGUCACGGGCUGAAGUUAGUUUUAAGUUAGUUUACAGUUGUCAAAUGUCAUACAAUCGUUAAAAUAAAUUGCCUUUCCUGUAAAAUAAUACUAAAUGUGAAAAUUAUUUUAUUAUCUC